GAAGCUGAUGUGUUAUUCCUUUUCUGCAUCGAAGGAUCAGGAAGUUUGUGCUCUCUGCGUGGAAGUUUUUCACCUACUAGGACGGGGGUGGGGUGGGGGGAACAGGUGGCCCCCUAAAAUACAGCACAAGCUACAGCCUGCGUCCAGCCAUAACCCAGGAGUAACAUCAGUAAUUUUUGUUUGCAGCUCCUUGUGUAUUUGCAAGAUGUGGCUAGCCAGGACUAGAGCUGCUAAGUUUACUGACUGUGGAAUUACUACACAUGAUUUUCUGAAUGUUAUUGUCUAGACUUGUGAUCUCCAAAAAACAGGUGAGAAUGACCACUUUAACUCAUCGGGCCCGUCGCACUGAAGUAAGCAAGAACUCUGAAAAGAAGAUGGAAAGUGAGGAAGACAGUAAUUGGGAGAAAAGUCCAGACAAUGAAGAUUCUGGAGACUCUAAGGAUAUCCGCCUUACUCUUAUGGAAGAAGUAUUGCUUCUAGGACUAAAAGAUAAAGAGGGUUACACAUCUUUCUGGAAUGACUGCAUAUCAUCUGGCCUGCGAGGGGGCAUCCUGAUAGAGCUGGCCAUGCGGGGUCGAAUCUAUCUGGAACCCCCGACCAUGCGUAAGAAGCGACUACUAGACAGAAAGGUACUGCUAAAGUCAGACAGUCCAACAGGUGAUGUUUUACUGGAUGAAACUCUCAAACACAUCAAAGCAACUGAACCCACAGAAACUGUCCAAACAUGGAUAGAGCUACUCACUGGUGAGACCUGGAACCCCUUCAAAUUACAGUACCAGCUGAGAAAUGUACGAGAGCGCAUUGCAAAGAACCUAGUAGAGAAGGGUAUUCUAACCACUGAGAAGCAGAAUUUCCUGCUAUUUGACAUGACUACUCAUCCAGUGACCAAUACAACAGAGAAACAGCGCCUAGUGAAAAAACUUCAAGAUAGUGUACUAGAGCGGUGGGUAAAUGACCCUCAGCGUAUGGACAAGCGAACACUAGCACUCCUGGUGCUAGCUCACUCCUCUGAUGUGCUAGAGAAUGUCUUCUCCUCUCUGACAGAUGACAAGUAUGACGUAGCAAUGAAUCGAGCCAAGGACUUAGUAGAACUGGACCCUGAAGUGGAAGGGACAAAGCCUAGUGCCACAGAAAUGAUCUGGGCUGUGCUGGCAGCCUUCAAUAAAUCUUAAAGCCAGCAGGUGGAUUUCUCCUUUUCCCCUGCUGGCUGGUGACUGUCAGAGACCCCAUCACUGAGUUUUGUGUGAUGAGAUGUUUUCAUCAUUUUUGUUUCCUUUUCUUGAAUCAGACUUGUGAUUUGGGGAGAACAACUUCAGGGCUUCUCCAUAGACCUUGACCAUUAUAAGCAGACCUUAUUUCUCCCUACACCUCCACUCCAUAGGUAAAUAAACUGGGUGAACCCACACGUACCCAAUGAACAUUUUCUCCCAUUUCUUGGUUUAGUUUCACCCAGUGUGCUUUUGGAUAAGCAGAAAUAUCUAAAUGGGAUUUUGAGUUCUCCAGCUAUAGAAUGUGAAUGAGAUAAAAAGCGAACUGUCUAUUAUGUUUUUCUAAGUUUGUUUUCUAUCUUAAGUACAUGUUUUCACAGCC